GGCAGUGUUGUGCCGCUGACUCAGCGCGCUCUCAGUGGAUGCACCGAAGAAGAGAGCGGGUGACCAAUGGAGCUGCGGUGUGGAGCAGCAGUCUUCUCUUGAACUCCUCUUUCAUGGCUUAGAACUGCGUUUUUCUCCAGGACUGUCGCACACGGAGUAUGCAGAGAUGAAGCGGGUUCGGACCGAGCAGAUCCAGUACGCAGUGACCCAGUACCUGAAGAGGAGGCAGUAUAUAGACACAGAUGGGUCUCUGAAGGGGGCCAAACUCUCCCAGUCUGCUGAGGAGAUGGCAGCCAGUCUGACAGUUCAGACGGAGUCCAGCUCUGUGAACGUGGUGUCAGCAGCCCCGUGUCAGUCAGACCCGCAGCAGUACGAGACCCAGUUCUCCAGACUGCGCUGCUUCCUGCAGGAAGCAGAAGCACCGUUAGUGAAGGAGGUGAGCGGCGUCUUGUUCCCGCUCUUCCUCUACCUGCACCUGGACAUGGCGCGCUGUGGCCUAAAGGGGACGGUGGACUCCUUCUACAGUCGCUUCCACUCAUUCUUCCAGCAGGACCCUGAGCAAAAAGCCAUCGUAGACCUGCUACGAGGAGUCGUCACGCCUCAGGAUGUGAGCUCAAACCCUAAGCUCUGCUCGCUCCUGGAUCACAAGUAUGUGGUGCACCUGACGGAUCAAGCGUACAGCUACCUGCUGCGUUACCUGCAGAGCGAUGACAACAGCGCCAUCUGCUGGGUGCUCAGCUCACACGUGCAGGUGGAGGUGACAGCAGCGCACCGAACCGACUACCAGCUGUACGGCGCAGGCACAGGAGCAGGAAACACUACCUCCACUUCCUCUUCCUCCACUGCAUGGACUGCGGGGGAUGGGGCGGAGGGGGCGGAGCGUGUGGAGGUCACGGCAGGGUUAGCUCAGAACGAGGUGGCGCUGGAGGCGCUGCAGGACUGCAUAAAGCGCGUGCGAGAAGGUCCGCCUUCGCUCACCACCGUCUGCUUCUACGCCUUCCAGCACACGGAUCAGCAGCUGAACACGGCCGAGGUGUCACCGGACAGCCGCUUGCUGGCGGCCGGCUUCGAUAACUCAGCCGUGAAGCUGUGGAGUCUGCGGGCCAGGAAGCUGAAGGCAGGACCUCACAGGGUCGACGUGUCUAAAAUAAGACUGGCCUGUGAUGUGCUGGAGGAGGAGGCAGAUGAUGAGGAUGCCUCGGGCAGUGAGAUAAAGACCCUGCGCGCUCACAGCGGUCCGGUGUACCGCACGGCGUUCCUGACGGACGGCUCCGGCCUGCUGUCCUGUUCGGAGGACUCCACCGUUCGCUUCUGGGACCUGAACAGCUUCACCAAUACAGUCCUGUACCGUGGCCACGCUUACCCCGUCUGGGACGUGGACGUCAGUCCCUGCAGCCUGUACUUCUCCACGGCGUCCCACGACCGCACGGCUCGCCUCUGGAGCUUCGCGCGCACCUAUCCUCUGCGUCUGUACGCCGGACACCUCUCUGACGUCGACUGUGUCAAAUUCCACCCCAACUCCAACUACGUGGCGACGGGCUCCACGGAUAAAACCGUACGCCUGUGGAGCACGCAGCAGGGGGCGUCUGUGAGGCUGUUCACGGGGCACCGCGGACCCGUGCUGUCGCUCGCCUUCUCACCCAACGGUAAGUACCUGGCGUCGGCCGGAGAGGACCAGAGACUGAAGCUGUGGGACCUGGCGUCCGGCACCCUGUUCAAAGACCUGCGGGGUCACACCGACAGCAUCACCAGCCUCUCCUUCAGCCAGGACAGCAGUCUGGUGGCCUCCGCCUCCAUGGACAACUCUGUGCGGGUGUGGGACAUCCGCAGCGCCCACGGCACCGCCCCCACCGACGGCUCCAGCAGCGAGCUGAUCGGACAGUACACGGGCAGCACUAGCAACAUCCUCAAUGUGCAGUUCAUGGCCUGUAACCUGCUGCUGGUGACAGGCACGGCGCUGGAGAAACAGGAACAGUGAGAAUGUGUGUGGGGGGCAAUCUCAACAAAACACGCUCAGGUUAUAUUUCACCCCAAAAUCAGAAGAAAUAAUUCAGAUUCAGAUCGGGUCUUUUCCGCUCCAGGAAACUCAAUGGCAAAAUGCAUCCCAGUUCACCUUGAAGCCAUUUAGCACCAUAAAUGAUCUUUUUGCAUUCUGACGUUAUUUUUAUAACACAAGUUUGCAUUUCUGUAAUGCACAAAAAAACAAUUAGAUGUGAUUUGAAUGGUAAGGUAUUUAUCAGGGUGGUAUUUGUUGCAUUGCUCUUAAUUCGUUGAUUUAACUAAAUAGAACACAUAAGUUUAUUUUCUUUAAUGCAUCUAGAUGUUUUACAAUAAAAAUUAUAAUUGUUGAUAUAUCAGUGGUGUAACCGUGAAAUAAUUCUGCAUAAAUUAAAACGUAGUUCAACAAAUAUUUAUCAAUUCAAAAUUUGCCGUAUUUUUUUUAUUUAUUAAAGGAAGUACAAAAAAUUAUUAUUACUAUAAGAAUUUGGGUGACAAUUGGCACAAAAAUAAAAUGGCACAACAAUACAAACAAUCUUAAUAGACUUUAUUUUCUUUGAGCAAAAUAUAUUUCUAAUUUUUCUUUAGGUGAAAUAUGUCCUGGACGUGUUCUUGAAGGGUUUUGGUUGUGUUUUGUAAAGUGAGCGUGCUGGUGAUGUUUGGCUCACUUUUGUUAUGAUGUGUGUUGAUGCCUCUAAAGGACAGAGGUGCAGCCUGCUGUUCUCAUACAGAUGUAAAUAUUAGAUAUUGUAUUAAAUCUUUUUUUCCUGAAAAGAGUUAGGUCAUUAUUUCCAUGUUUGUAUCUUUCAGUUCAGCUCUUUUCUGUUGCUGUUGUUUUGUUGCUGGCUUAUGUUUGUAAAGGUAAUUCUGAAAGCACCUCUCAAGCUCUUCUCCUGGACGUUCACCAGGAAGCCAGAUAAACUGGAUACAUCCUACUGUAGGUGUGAGAUACAGUCCUCACCGUUUGUCUUUUGUAAGAACAUAACUCAAGGGUGGACUGAAUGAAGCGUUUCCUUGAAUCUGAUUUCACAACCCUGCACUUAGUUUUGUACAAAGCAAGUUAAGUUUCUCUGUUUGAAUUGAUUUUCUUUUGUGUCCCUGUUGGUCAAUAAAACAAUCAUGGGACCUUUGUCUUUAACCGUGAAGAAGAAAAGCCUUUGUAGUUUGCUUCCUGUAAAAAAAGAACAAGUGUUUGGUUCAUCCUGAUACUUGUAAAUAUACUUUUGUAAUAUUU